GUUUGCCGCCGCUAGUUGUUAGUUUGAAAUAACCAUUAUUUACCUACCAAUUGGCCAAUGCCGUUCUCCCCGCCUGCAAUCGUGUCGUUUCUGGGCCGGUUCCUGGCAUUCAUCUUGGUUCAGACCAGGAACGUGGUGUGGCCAGAAGCAGCUGAGGCCCGACCGCAUGUAACGGCAUUCUCCAACCGUGGUGGCCUGCCAGGGUGCGUCAUACAGCGUCAUAAAAUCUUGGAUGCAAUUGCCAUCGCUCGAAGUACGCAGGCAGGAUGGGAGUGUGAAUUGCAUACUCAGAAAUGCAGCUCAUGAGAUCAUGGUUCCCUGUACUAACCCUGUCAGGAUCCUGUUUUACCUGAUCGUCCUGGGGCAAUGUCGCUUGUGAUGUCAGUGCCGUGAUAUCGGUGGCACAAAGCUUCAGACGGACUGCAGCAGGUUUCAGCGGCGGAUGGGCUCGUAGGAGGAAAUCGGGGCAUUUUAUAAAAGAGGAGCAUAUCUUCUUCAAUAUAACCCAAAAACCGAAUCAUCGUUUUCGUCUACCACAACAACCUUUUACCUUAAUAUCAUAACUCAAACUCAAAUUAUCUCAGCAUGGGUCUGGGCGCAAAGAUCAAGGAGGCACUUCACAGUGACCACCACGACAAGACGACCGCUGAUGCUAGACCCCCAGGGGCCUUCCCAGAUGAUGUCCCUCAGAAGCAUACCGACGGCAAGGAAUAUAUCGCCCCCCAUGGCAGCCUCAUCGACAAAAACAGGAACAGCGGCACGAAGGGUACAACCACAGGACUGGACUCAGUUCCCUCUGGUGGCGCAGAUUCGCUGAGCCAUUCCAACACCCACCGCAACAAGUUGCACAAGGACGAGGGCUACCUUCCCUCAGAGACGGACAACACCACAUCAGGACAUGGCACUCGCGGCCACAAGACGGUCGACUCUGGUGUUGGUCUAGGCCAGACUUCUGGCAGGGACCACACAAGCAGUCAAGGCGCCUCCUACUGGGGCGACCUCUCUCCCAGCGGCCACGCAAGCAAGGACAAUUCUCACGGCAGUUACUCGCCCACCGGCGCUGGACACAACGUCUCUUCACUUCCCGACAGAACCACCCACGGCCACAACCUGCAUGGCGAUCAAGCUGUAGGUGGCGGUGUGUACAACUCCGUCACUGGCGCCGGCAGCCCGGGUCACGACGGCCCCCACGGAAGUGCCAAGCCCCACGUCUCAGGAGGUGCCGUCCACGACCCCCUCACGUCGGGCACCAGGGGCGCGAGCGUUGUGUCAGGGACCAGCGAGUACGACUACAAGACAAGCCUCGGGGGAGCUGGUGCGCCGACCUCGCGCGAUGACCGCGCCACUGGCCCAGGCCUGGCGGGUGCUGGUGGAGUUGGAUCUGGAUACGGCACCGGUAACACGUAUAACCAGCACAGCGACGUACGCGGCAGUGAGCGUGGGCUCGGCCAAGGUGGUCUGUCCCAUGGCGGGCUCACCGGAGGUGGCCUGAGUGGAAGUGGACUGGGCGGGAAUGGUCUCACCCAUCACGAUCAGUCCACCAGCCACGGGAGCUCUCAUGCUGGAGCAGGCCUUGCUGGAGCAGGUGCUGCCGCGGCUGCGGGAUAUGGUGCGAAUGAGUUUGCCCAUCGCGGCCAAGACAGCACCGGCCACAGCGGCUCCUACGACUCGCCAUCGAGCCACCACGCGCCCGGUGUCCCACGCAGCAGCAUGCUGCUCGACGCUGAACAGCCUUCUGGAGGCGUUACCGGCUCGCACCACGGUCAACCGGCGACUGGCGUCCCGCGCAACGUCACUCCUCCUCAACACGGUGCACACGGCAUCGGGGGAGGGUCACCCGCAAACGUUGGCUCGGGAAUUGGAGCGCACAUGGGCCAGUCCUCACCCACCAGCAGCAGCCAUAGCAACACUCACUAUGGACCGGGUCACCCUGGGGCCAAAGUCAUGCAUCAAUGUCAGCAUUGCGGACGAGAUAAUGACAUCAGCCGGUACUUUAAACAAGAUGUAGUUUACCGUCUGGGACAGUAAUUUUAGAAGCGCGGAAGUCUUCGACAGCAUAUGUAAUGUAAUAUAUAUAGCAGUUUAAUGAUUUACCAACGAUUUAUACG